CGAGCAGUCGAGGCUCCCCGUGUUGCGCGUCAUGCGCACUUGAGAAGCUUGUGUGUAGGUAUGGUUGGUCAGUGUAUGGCAAAGCUGUGCGUGGAGGAGAGGAGGCAGGAGGUGACUGCUGCCCCCCUCACUUCUCCACUGAGCCUUCAGGAGAGUGGAGAGAGAGGGACUGCAUGGGGACUGUACGGCUGCACGAUGAACGCCUCUGUCUGGGCAAAAAACAUCAACUCCAACUUGCAAACUCGUAGUUCAGCCAUGCGGACAUAACCCCGUUUUGGGCAGUUCGUUUGUGUUUAGUUAAGCGCUUUCUUGAGUUGCGGUUACAAGUGAUCUGAAGCCUGCUAUGGAGGACUUGGUGAGUCAAAAUGAGUCUGAGCACUGACAAUGUCACAAACUUAUGGAAAAAUGGUUCCUCGGAACUCGACGGUGCGUCUUCCCAGGUCAACUUCACCAACAGCUCAGGGGGGAACCACACCGAGCCCAGCGAGCUGGACCUCACCCGAGCCAUCCCGCUCGGCUUGGUACUGGGGGCUUUCAUCGUUUUUGCCAUCGCCGGCAACAUCCUCGUUAUUCUCUCCGUGGUGUGCAACAGGCACCUGCGGACACCGACCAACUACUUCAUCAUCAACCUGGCCAUCGCCGACCUGCUGCUCAGCACCACGGUGCUGCCGGUGUCCGCCACUCUGGAGAUCCUAGACUACUGGGUGUUCGGCAGGAUCUUCUGUGACAUCUGGGCGGCGGUGGACGUGCUGUGCUGCACCGCGUCCAUCAUGAGCCUGUGCGUAAUAUCCAUCGACCGCUACAUCGGAGUGAGCCACCCGCUGCAGUACCCGGGGAUCGUGACGGAGAAGCGGGCUCUGCUGGCCAUGCUCGGGGUCUGGGUGCUGUCGGUGGUCAUCUCCAUCGGACCUCUGUUCGGGUGGAAGCAGCCGCCGUCGCCGGACGACACGGAGUGCCCCAUCACCGAGGAGCCGUUUUACGCGCUCUUCUCCUCCCUCGGUUCCUUCUACAUCCCGCUCGUCGUUAUUCUGGCCAUGUACUGCCGCGUGUACAUCGUCGCCAAACGGACCACUAAGAACCUGGAGGCAGGUGUGAUGCGUGAGAGGAUGAACUCCAGCGAGCUGACCCUCAGGAUCCACAAGGGCUCUCAGGUCAAUGAGGACUCCGGCAGUUCGGGCACUGGCAAGGGCCGAGCGCACCAGGCGAGAAGUUCCCUCACCGUGAAACUUCUGAAAUUCUCCCGGGAGAAGAAAGCGGCUAAAACUUUAGGAGUUGUAGUCGGCAUGUUUACCCUCUGCUGGCUGCCCUUCUUCCUCGCCUUACCCAUAGGGUCUUUUAAUGUGAACCUGCGCCCACCAGAUCUUCUCUUCAAGGUAAUCUUCUGGCUUGGCUACUUCAACAGCUGCCUGAACCCCAUCAUCUACCCCUGCUACAACCGUGAGUUCAAGCUGGCCUUCAUCCGCAUCCUAAAGUGCCAGUGUCACCAGCGUAAACGUCCCGGCUGGAGAGCCUACAACUACCGCUCCUCUAACUUCGGCUCCUCAGUGAACUCGCGCAAAAGCUCCACGGAUCACACUUCCAGCUGCUUGAACGGAAGCCAGCGCACCCUGCCGUCCUCGGCCAGUCCGAGCCCCAGCUACCUGACCAAGGGUCUGCCACCCUGUCCGGAGGGGGAGACGUUAUACAUCUGGGGAGCCACCACCCCGACUCCCUCCACACCAAACCUGCUGCCCGGCAGCCCUGCAGACUGCCAGCAGGUAGCACUGAGGGGAGGGAAAGCAGUUGAGGAGACCACUGGGGGAGUUUUUUCUUUCUCCUUCGGGAGGAAUAAAGACAAGGGAGGGGUCAACAAAGACAGCAUGGUGCCUGAUGACAAAGUGUGACUGCGGUGUCUUGCUAAGCUGUGACUUACUGGUUCAGGAUUACAGUCACAAACAUAGUGUGGACGCAGGAUUUCACAGGUCUCACUGUACAUGGUCCCAUGAUCAUUCGUCAGUCAGUGGACUCAUUGUCAGUCGUGCUCAGUGUGAGGUGAAGUAUGUUGACUAUGCUGCUGUAUCACGGAUAUUUUGUUCUACUUUACUGUAUCGGUGAUUGACAUAGACAGGAAGGUUUUCUUCCAAUGGACUGUAGUGGGUUUGAGACAGUUAAUCAAAAUCGCUGUUUGCCGCCUUCCUCGGACUGGAAAGAAACCUGUGCAUGCAUUUUGAUUUAAUUAAAGUCAAACGUGAAGGAAAAGGGCCUCAUUUCAAUCCCCAUCCAACACACUCUUUCCUUCACCCUUUUCAGUUAAAAAAAAAAUAAAAAACUUCACGUCCGCCUUGUAAAAAGCCUGAACGUGACAAAGGACCUCGUGUAAAAAAAAAAAAAAAGUGUGAUAUGACAAAUGAUCACCUUUCUGUUGCAGUCACUUGAUAUCUUCAUGGUAUAUUGUGAAAAUAAAGUAUAACCUGUUUUAUCUGCUGUGCGCACAAUCAUCAGAUAUCAUCUUGUUUGUAUGUUUGUAGAAAUGUGAUCGAGAAAUAAAAUUAGAACAUUGUUCAAA